UUCUGUGUUUGUUCGUACCCAUUGCUACCAAUGAUUUUCUUUCCGACCGUGAAUGAGUGAUCAGAGAGAACUUUGUUGUAUUCUGUGGUAGAUACUGUGAGAAUGGAAAUAAUCUGAUUUAGAAUAUGUCAGCUUUUGUUUGUGAUUUUAUUUUAAUAUAUGAUGUGUAAGUUUUCGUAAAAUGUAGCUUAUGUCAGCUGUUUUACCGUUUGUGAGGUACACCGUAGGGAAUAUGCUUGAUGGCAGGAAUGAUUGGUGUGGAGAACAGUAACUGUCUCUGGAAUUCUGGUGAAAAGGAGAAUUUUCAGAUGGAGGACAGUGGCAUUGACAGUGAUCAGAAACAGCAGCACAUCCAAGAGGAUGGGAGACUGUUCACGGCGAGUGACAGCUCAUGCAGCAGUACAACUGCCGCCUCUCCUCAGAAGACUAAUGUCAGACAGCUACAUAGAAAGCUUGAACAAAGGAUAGAACAAGCAAAGAAGAUCCAGAGGAUUCAGGAAUACAAGAAGAACUCUACCCUUAUUCCAAUUCAGAGACUUCCUAUUCCAAGUAAAGCUGUGACGAGUGCUCACCGUGAACAGCAGCCGUUGGUGGACUGGGAGACCGAUGAAAGUGAUGAGGAUAUAAAUUUCUUCCCGUUGUCGAGAAUGAAAGACGGCAAGCAGGAACUGACGGACACUUUCAGCAUAGAGGACUUUGAAGUGUCACCAGAUGAAGACGACCUCAAUUUGCUUCCACCAAAACCAAUGUACCAGCGUUGUGUAUGUUGUGUUGUUCCCGGCGAUUGGAAGUGCACCCUCAUUUGAGCGUCGUCUGUGCACGUUUAAUUUUUUGUCAUUUUUCCUUUGUGCUUAUUGGUUUAAAGAUGGCAGACAUUGAAAAUAUAUCAUCUUAUAGCUUCAGAACGUGACUUAAUCUGUUCUUGCAGUUAUAACAUUUUUAAAAUGGGGGGGGGGGCGAUGCUUUGUCUUCAUAUUUUUGUGCCUCUUUGCAGAGGUCGUGUCAUAUGUAUGGCGAAACUGGUCACAGUAAAAUGUUUAGCAGUUCAUUUGUGUUUGUAAGUAGUAGCUUCUGGAUGUGUAAACUCUAGUCUCCAUAAACGUGCAAUGUGAACGUAACUAAUGGAUUAUAUUCUUAUUUAUGUAUGUUAAAAGUAAAUACAGAAAUUUACUGAGAUAACAUUCAGUUUAUUAAGACACGUGCUAUGGAUUUACUGAGAAAUACUUUGGAUUUAAUCGUGGUAAGAACAAUUCGUAAAAUAUCCGAAAUACGCUGUUACAAGUCACCAUAUCGAACAUGAAAAGGGAAGGGGAGACGUCGUGGUUUGAUUGAUACAUGGUGUCUAGUAAUUUCUGACACUAUUCCCAUAAGAGGAAGAAGUGUUUCUAGACUCUCAGCCCUAACUGAAUACUCCUGCUUCAUAUUGCGGGGGCUGUCUUGAAUUUGAAUGUCUGUCCAGGGAUCAGCUAUUCUGUUUUUCGUUUUUCCUCGGUCCGUCUUUGCAAGUGCCGGGAUAGUACCUUAACAUACGUCAAGACCAGUUCCGCGUCUCUCAGACUCGUCGUUCAUAGUUAUUCGACCCUGUGUAUUCUAAAUAUAUAAAAUCAUGCGUACAAACAAAACUUUUUACACUUUGAAAAGACUGUCAGUGCCAAACGCGUUUUGACCUCAAAGGGUCAUCAUCAGUGGCAAAGAAAUUAAUUCAUAUUAAAUCAUACGAUUCAUAAGACGACGGUUUGUUAUAAAGCGUAAAAGGUCGCACUUUAUAAAACUAUAUUUUAUGUAAUAUCACGCGAGAGUUGGUGUAUUAUCUAAAUUGAGUUAUGUCUGCUGGCCUAAGUUGAGGUUUCCGUUGUUGGUCUUCGUGGUUGCGUUGUGUCCACGAUUUUAUAUUUUUAGAAAACACUGCAAGGUUUUAAGCCUGUGUAUUCUGUUCAGUAGAAAUAGAAUUAAUAAAUAACCGAAUAACCAGUCAGUACAUUAGUCCAUUUAAAGAGCCAAUGUAAUUUAAUGUUAAGUAGAGUUUUAGGUUCUCAGGGGCAAUUAUGAAGAUGGGCGUCUGCUGGAUUGUAGCACUGAGCAGUUUUGUAUACAUUUACUGAUGCUUUAGAGGUUCUUGCUGCUUUCAUCAUCAGGGUAAUGAUGACGGAGGCAGUAAGCAGCUCAGAAACAUUAAACUUCUUUGGCACUGUU